AUGGUUAUGGAAUUGUCUGAGGAUGUUGUCUCCGAUGGUAGAUACACUCGAUCACAUCUCUCUACACCUACAUUAUCAGCCAGUAUGACAAACUUUCCUGAGAGCGUUCUCCUUUCCCUGACUAUCAUCGGAUGCGUUUCCCGUAGCGGCACUCAGGUUGUGGAGGGAAUGUCCAUCAGUCCUUCAACAGAAGACAUGCGUCCUAAACGGGGAAAGGGCAGGAGUAUCUUGCAUAUUGACUUGGCGCAUGCCGCCGGCGGGAUAACAUGCCACUUUCUAAUUGCCGAUGAUAACGACUAG